CAAACGUCAAAUUGACAGAUUGUCAGAUGGUGACAUAACCUGAAAAGGUGCAAAAUAUUUUAUUUUUUAUGUGAAUUAAACUCUGAAUUAAAAACUGUAAUAUAUAGCCUUAAAGAAUUCCUAUUGUUAGUUUAUUCAUGUGCCGGUCUUAAUAAGCUAUUGCUAUGUUACCAAGAAGAUUAAUUCAAGUUGCUGAGCUUGGAGCGGUUGGACUUACCGGCUAUUACGUUGGACUUAUAAAGAAUAAAAACAAUAUAACUGAUAACUCUGUUGUAAUUGAUGGUAAAAUUAUUCGACAUAUGCCUGGACUUCCUAUAUUUGGCACUGUAUCGGCGGCUACACCAUAUACAGAGAGUGGAUCUACAAGGAUUUCACAAAUAAUGAAAUAUGGUUUCCCCGGCAUGGACAACAUAAGAUCUUAUGAUGAUUUUGUUUUAUCAUAUGACAGACGGAACAGAGUACCACAUUGGGUAUUUGAACAUUUGACUAAACAACACAUAGAAAAAAAUGACCAAGUUGAUAGGAGUAAAUGUGAUUUUACAGCAGAUGAGAGCAUUCAUCCAUUCUUCAGGUCACAGAAUAGUGACUACAAAGGUUCAGGAUUUGACCGUGGGCACAUGGCGGCAGCCGGUAACCACCGAUUAGCACAAAAACAUGUUGAACAAACCUUCUAUCUCACCAACAUGGCACCACAGGUAGGUGAAGGAUUCAACAGACAUUCAUGGAAUCGUCUGGAAAAACAUGUGAGGAAAUUGACAAAAGUCUAUGAUAAUGUUUAUUGCUGUACAGGACCUCUCUAUCUGCCCAGGAAAGAAACAGAUGGUAAAUGGUAUAUUAAGUAUCAAGUGAUCGGAGCGAACACUGUCGCGGUUCCCACUCACUUCUACAAGGUGGUGGUGGGCGAAGCAUCUAAUGGCAGCCUUGACAUGGAGGCCUAUGUGAUGCCUAACCAGAAGAUACCUGAUGAAACACCCAUCUCUGCCUUUAUGGUACCACCAGAGACUAUAGAAAAAGCUGCUGGGCUGUUAUUCUUUGACAAAAUCCAUAGAAGUAAAUUAAGUAAAAUCAAUGGACGUAAAGCGUGAUUUAGUACAAUUUAUGUAAUGUUACAUAAUGAUCUUAUUUAUACUAUACUAGUGAAUUGAUUGUAAAUAAAAUUAG